CUAGUACUCCAUAAAGUUGUUUAUCGCUGAAUCAGAUAUCGGAGAGUCUCUGCAAAUAGCAAUGGCUCUGGCAUCAUCAUCCCUUAUCAGCUUCAAACCUUGUCUCUCCGCACCUUUCCAGAAACCACGCAGAUCCAUUGUCGUUGCAAACUCCGCAGAGCCCUCAUCAAAAUCAGCGUCACAAUCAACCGCUUCUGCUUCUGCUUCAGCUCCAGCAUCCACGAAAUGGAGCCUCAACAGCUGGAGAACGAAGAAGGCGCUUCAGCUUCCGGAGUAUCCAGAUCAGAGCUCCGUCGAUCAGGUUCUUCACACUCUGGAGACCUUCCCUCCGAUCGUGUUCGCCGGAGAAGCCAGGAGCCUCGAGGAGAAGCUCGCUCAGGCCGCCAUGGGCAACGCCUUCCUCCUUCAGGGUGGUGACUGCGCUGAGAGCUUCAAGGAAUUCAAUGCUAACAAUAUCCGUGACACCUUCCGUGUCAUUCUUCAGAUGGGCGUUGUUCUUAUGUUCGGUGGUCAAAUGCCUGUUAUCAAGGUGGGGAGAAUGGCGGGCCAGUUUGCGAAGCCAAGGUCAGACCCUUUUGAGGAGAAGAACGGAGUGAAGCUGCCUAGUUACAGGGGUGAUAAUGUGAAUGGGGAUGCAUUUGAUGCCGCAUCGAGAAUUCCGGAUCCACAGAGGAUGAUAAGAGCCUACACCCAAUCUGUGGCUACUUUGAACCUGUUGCGUGCAUUUGCCACCGGAGGUUAUGCUGCCAUGCAAAGGGUCAACCAAUGGAAUCUGGAUUUCAUGGAGCGUAGUGAGCAGGGAGACAGGUAUCGUGAAUUGGCUCAUCGAGUCGAUGAGGCUCUUGGCUUCAUGAUUGCUGCCGGGCUAACAUCGGAGCAUCCAAUCAUGACUACAACAGAGUUUUGGACUUCCCAUGAGUGUUUGCUUCUUCCUUAUGAACAAGCACUUACCAGGGAGGACUCUACUACCGGGCUUCAUUAUGAUUGCUCAGCUCACAUGCUCUGGGUUGGGGAACGCACCCGCCAACUGGAUGGUGCUCAUGUUGAAUUCCUGAGAGGAGUUGCAAAUCCACUUGGAAUUAAGGUGAGUGAUAAGAUGGAUCCAAAUGAACUUGUUAAGUUGAUAGAUAUUCUGAACCCCAAAAACAAGCCUGGAAGAAUUACUGUAAUUGUUAGGAUGGGAGCAGAGAAUAUGCGAGUGAAGCUUCCACAUCUAAUCAGAGCAGUGCGCGGAGCAGGUCAAAUUGUCACUUGGGUUAGUGAUCCCAUGCAUGGCAACACCAUCAAAGCUCCAUCUGGACUUAAAACCCGUUCUUUUGAUGCAAUCAGGGCUGAGCUGAGGGCAUUCUUCGAUGUCCAUGACCAAGAAGGAAGCUACCCUGGAGGGGUUCAUUUGGAAAUGACUGGCCAGAACGUGACAGAGUGUGUUGGAGGUUCGAGGACCAUCACUUAUGACGACUUGAGCUCGCGCUACCAUACGCAUUGUGAUCCAAGGCUUAACGCCUCUCAAUCUCUAGAGCUUGCAUUCAACAUUGCUGAGAGGUUGCGCAAGAAAAGAAUGCAGUCUCUAACCUCACUUUAAAUAUUGGAGUAAGAAGUUGUCUUCCUUUGUUCUUGGAUCACAGCAUGGUGUUGUACGAACAUAAAUUAAACUCUCCAAUAUAGAGUGGCCAAAUUCUGUGAGCAAUCCCACCAUGGCCAUAAGAACAUAAAUUAUUAAAUUAUAUACUGUGUAAGUGUUAUAAGACAGUUAAGUCAAAGUAUGGAGAAGGGGGUGCAUCAGGUUAUAGUAGCAAGUUUUGUUCUAGUGUUGUUGGGGACAUUAUGGCGUAUUUAUUUUAGAUUAAGUAAUGAAUGAUGAAUGAAAAUUUAAUGUUUUUAAGUA